ACAGGAGACGUGUUCUGUGGAAUGGUACUUGCAAUGGAAAUUCCAGUGAUUUUAUGUCCUUGACUUUUUUAAACUAACACUGGAAUUCGCAAGGCGCUGUUCUGUGGCCAGUGAUAUUUUGUGACUUCGCUGAAGCGUUCGAUUGAUUGUACCAUUUGGUGUUUUUAUAAGUGUUGUUUAAUUAUGAUUCUAGUGUUUCUUAGAAUUUUACUGUGAGUUUAAUUACAGUAAUGAAACAGUUGAUGUCAAUGUCGUAGUUUCCAUUAAUUUUAAUUGUCAGUGAUUGCGAGGCAUUUAUCAAUCAAAGUGCAUACUAGUUGAAGUUAGACGUAUCAAUUAUUUGUUAUUAGAUAUGUAAGCAACUUUAUGAAAGUCACCUUGUGAUACAGGUGUGUAUUUUAUAAAAUAGUGCGGUGUAGUGUGAUACUUAAUUCUACUAAGAAGUUAAAGCUGUCUGGAGACAAUGUACUGGAACUGCUGCGAGGAGAGAUUCUGCUUCGACAAGAAGAUCGCGACGUACAAACUAGACGAGGAUGCACCUCAUACCAACGGCUACGUGAACAAUGGAGCGAGCGUGGAGAGCGUGGUCACGGAGCAGCCGGUGAACAACAACCACCUACCACCGCGAGCCAUCAUCGGGAGGGAGGUCAACGAGCUGCCGCUGCAUGCUGAUAAACUUUAUGAGGUGUUCUCCAAAUCUCUAAUAUUUAGAGACGAUCACGAGUUGAAAGAUAAAACAGAAAGCACAAACUCUCUCGAUGAAUUGGAGACCAAAUCAGAACCUGACUACUUAUCUGAUAGACCUAACAGAACUAAGGUGUACUUCGAAGAUGAAAUCAACUCUCCAGUUACUGACUUCGAGAUCAUGUUCAAAGAUGAGUUGCUGGCCAACCACAACAUGUUCAAGAUUGAAGAAGAAGAAGAGAGUGACACACAGAGCCAAGACACAGAAGAAGGACUAACAAUGAAAGACAGUAUUGUAGCAGUUAAGAAGCAGGACGUUAUCAAACCCAGUACGAUUACUAUUAAGGAUGAAACUAAGAUUACAACUCUGAACCCAAUAUACCAGUAUGAUCCAGUAUCUUCUAUGGUUUUACCAUCAGCAUUCUCUUUACCAAGAAUGGAGAGUGUUAAAGGCAUCCUAAGAUUAAGAGGAGACAAUGAAUUCCCAAGAAGCAACAGCUCCAAGAAUUUAGAAAGAGUCGACAGUAGUGGCAAGCUGACUAGAUCCAUCAGCAGAGUGGACAGUUUGAAGAACAUAGAUCCUAAUAAAUUGAAUAAAGUACUGUCGAGGGUACCACAAAGGAGUGCUUCGUUCUUGAACAUCCCAGAGCAUCUAGCACCAGAGAAACCGCCUUUAGUAAAGAGCAAAUCAAUGGUAGGAGUCAUGUCAGCUACAGAGGAAUUGAAGCUAAGCCAGUUGCCUGACACUCCAAUUAUAAGGAGUAACAAUUUGCCAAGAUUCUUCGCUGAUACUCCACCUCCUCCAGAAUAUAAAGGAGAAACGAGUUUGCAGAGCAUUAAACAGCAGUCAGCGUUAAUGUACCAGGAAGAUUUUAGUAUGCCAAGGUACUAUGGGACUGUGUCAAAGUCGACUGAACAAUUGUCGGUGCAUGAGAGCAAAUCGAUGCCGGAUUUGAGGAACCCGACGAAUUCUACUGGAAGAGUCAGCAAGAGACUUGUUAAGCUCCGAAGUAGAUUAAAGCCAUUAGUUAUAAAGAAGAAUUCGAAUGAGAGGUUGUGAUUUCAUUCAUAGACAGUGCCUCAGUAAGAUAGUACUUUAUAAAAUUAUUUCUUUAACUGUUCCAAUUUGACAGAUCUCCUGAACACAACUGACUUUGGUAGUUGUUUAUAACUUUAUCCCAGUUAUUCGACAAAGUAUGACUUUCGAAAUGGUUUACCUAUUAGUAUUAAAAAUAUGUAAAAAAAGUAUUUUGCUCAAAGUGAUCACAAUUAACUGAUAACUUAUAAGAACAUGCAGUAUUUAAAUAAAAAAAAAUGAGUGAAAUUUUUAUUCAAACUGCCAAGAGACGUUGAAAUUCAUACAAUUUUUAACUUUAUUGUAUUUAUAGUAAAGUAAAAAAUUGCUAUAAAUUUGAUAUGCUAUUUGUCCGUAUUUAGAGCAGGUUUUUUUUUUCU